UAGAGAGAUAAAUGUAUGUAAUGUAUUUAGUGUAUUUAGCUUGAUUAACUUUUCAAAGAUUACAUGAUUUUAUAGUAGAAAAUAAGACAUAAAAGAUUCGGGCGACAUGGUCGUCAUGUUCGAAUUGAUAUGCAGAUCAAUAAUCCGGAUCCGCGGAAUCCUUUGUUGAUUGUGUGAAUAUCUUGAAAAGACGUCGUUGAUGUAGUUUGUCGUACGGAGUCGCCACGUAGCUUUUGCCAUGAUGUCUAGAGACACCAUGUAUAGAUUGUUUAGAUAAGCUUCUACUACUAUGUCCAGGGUCACUGUGGGCAUUUCUUUAUAUAAGCUCGUCAUGGCAUCCAAGGCUAUAGUGCACUCUGGUCUUCUACUUGCGUCCAUGGUUGCUAUGGACGUGCUCUUUGGAUAAGCUUACCAUGACAUCCAUGGUUACUCCGUACUCCCUAUUCUUCUACUAACUCUUGUCCACCGUCGCCAUGUACAGUCUUUUAUCACCUAACCCGCCCAUGGUCACCACGUACGAGCUCUUCUUAUACCUUAUCAUCAUCCGUACAUAGUUACCGUGCACGUCUACCUCUAACUCACUUUCAUCCAUGUUAAUCCGAUCAAUAUUUAUCCAUGGUUGGGAUAAUUAUACCAUCACAAGCCCCCACUUCCUAAGCCGAAUAGUAUAUCGGCUAUAGGGAGUACAGAGACAUGGUUGCUGUGUCAAUAUUGAAUGUACAUGGUCACCAUGUCAAUGUUUUUGUUUUUUACCUACUCAAUCAUUUUAACUAAUUCAAUUUUCCUUUUCCUUUACUGAAGUGUGCAGCUCAUGACUCCAAAUUUAUUUCCUUCCUGUUAGCUUCGUAGGUGGGUAGUGAGGACCAGUCACCAUCUGAACUUCACUGUCCGGGCUGUAGCUUGUCGGCAACCAGGCCAGAGUCGCCCGCCGCCCGCCGGCGUUCCCUCACGUCACCCUCCAGUUCCCUUGGAGUUCCGAUCUGCCGUCGCCCUUCACUAGCUUCCACCGGCCGCAAUGAACCAGAGAAAUAACUCAACCACCAGCUGAGACCCAACGUGAAGCCGGCAAUAGAACCUCUACGGCCGAAUCAGCACCGUCUCCCGUCGUAUUUUCUUCCGGUCUCGUUUCAUCUUUCCCGUUGCUCAGUCACCACUGCCGUCGGUCCUCCCGCCGGGCACCCGCGCACCUCGGUGACCUCAGGGACCGUUUGUCUUCGCCGUCCUCCGCUUGCGCCGUCGUUGUCCUGCUUUGGGUGUCCUUUCCGAUUCCGCCGCAGCCACCGCUUGCCAGGCAUAGACAGGUAUGCUCCUUGCCUUCUCUUUCUUCUCUUUUAUUUAUUCUUAUUUUAUUUAUCCUUUCCCCAAAUAAGUAAAGGAACAUCACUAUGUAUUAAUCCUGUGUUUGACCAUAGCUGCAUGUUGAACUUGCCUUGACCGUGUCUUGCUUUGACCGUAGUUGCCUUGGCCACAUUCUUGACACAUUUUUUUUUAAUAAUAAUUUUUUUAUGAAUAGCUGAUGACUGAUAUACGUAGUAAUUUAUAAUUAACGGCUGAUUUUUCUCUUGUCCUUUUUUUUUGCGUAAUAUUUUAGUUGUCAAUAUCUUAUGGAUGUAUUGGAUUCCAUAAACUCUGAUGAAUUGCUCAGUGAUGACGGGGAAUUACUGUUGGAGAAUUUUCUUUAUCCCUUGACAGAUGUUAAUUCUGAUGUUGAAGAAAUUAGUCCCAUAAAGCCACGAGCCGCUCCAGUCAAACCACCAAAACGUCGCUACCGUGGCCCGUAUCCAUCCUUAGACCCGAGCCCCAUUUUAUACCAUAGGUCGCGCCUCUCAGUUUCCAAGUUUCAAAAGUAUAAGAAAUUUUUUCCGUCCACAAUGACUGUCCGAUGUCCAGAUUCGGAGGAUAUUAUAACCGAUCCUCCUAAGGGUCACUUUUUCGGGGUGCAUAUUCUUUCCAUAAAAUUAGGAUUCCGCUUUCCCACACACCCUUUGAUUAUCGAGUUUUUAAAUGACCUUGAAAUUUCACCUUGUUACCUGACUCCGCUCGGUCAUCAGUAUCUGGUAGCUUUCUUGGUCCGGUGUGAAACACUUGGGAUUGAACCGUCCCUAGACCUCUUCAAGCAUAUGUUCCGAGCUGGGCAAUGCUCGGCAUCUGAUAGUCUAUCCUGGGUGUCUAUCUCUCAGCGCAACCACUUUGACAUGUGGAAGGUCACCCGUAGCAACGAAGCCAAUUGGAAAGAAGAAUUUGUCUAUGUGUCGUCUGGAUCUCCGUUACCUUUUUCAUCGUCUUUGAAUUGUCGAUUUAAGAAGUAUUCGUACCUGAAACUUCCGGUUGACCAGGAGACAUGGCCGGCUAUGAUUCUUUCUGGAGGACCGUAUAGCCUCUCUGCCUUUACUUCCGAGGACCGCCUAACCACGGUUGGACUCUAUUCGCCAUCACCAUGUUCGGGUGCACACGCAUCCACGUCCACGGAUCAAGAUAUGACAUCGCGGCUGGAGAUGUUCCAAAGCUUCGACAAGGAUGGACCUCGCGGUAGUGACCAGGGGCGCUCUGACAAGAAACCAAGGGCUCCCUCCGUCACCAAAGAAAAGGAUGCUAUCGUAACCAUGCCUUCAUCCGUGGCGAAACGCAAGGCUCCUAGUACCGCAGCCCGUAUCACCCGGAGCAUGAGUGACAUUCCCACUACGGGGAUGACUACUUGGUUACGAGGUAACAUUGAGUUGCCCCCGCUCUUAUCACUGACAAUCCCGGCGACUGAGAAGGAGAAAAUUUCAGCACUUGACAACGUUGCUCUAGAGAGGAGGAGUCACCAUGGCCUGGCAGAGCUACUGACAUCCAUCUCCGAGGUGAACCGAAGGAAGGACGAGCGCGAGCAAGAGUUGUCGCUACAACUUACCGAACUGGCAAAAGAGGUGGCCUCGCUCAAGCUUAGUCGUGAUUCACAUGCAGCCGAGGUCGCGACACUUAAAGACAUGCAUGCCGUGGAGUUGGCGAAUGCAAGAGGUCAGGCCGUGGAUGCAUACAAGAAUUCUUCAGAGUUUGUGUCUGAUCGGGAAGCCUACAUCAAUGCCCACCUUGGUGACAUUAGCAAGCAUUGGUUAUCUACUCCAGAUGGUCGUGAGAAACUCGCCUUGGAGAGCUACAUCUCCUACCAGAUCGGGAUAUAUGCCACUCAACAGAAAAUAUAUCCUAUCUUGAGGGAUAAGGUUGGUACCUCUUGCAUCACUGAUUGGGGACUUCCUCCUGAGGUUCCCAACCCUGAGAUCCCGGUAGCCAACACGCCCCUGGAUUACAUUCCUUUUGACAAACUACCCACUGAUGAGGAGCUUGGCGAUCUCCCUUCCGAGACAGAUCACCCAGCUUCGACCGCUUCUGUGCCUUAGAGCAUGCAUGGGAGUGACAGAUGGACGUAGCGUAGACUUUAAUUCUGUCAUGUCUUCCAUUAUGAGUACUUGAAUUGCAAAAUAAUAAUGAUGCAUGUCCUGUUUUCCUUUCGUUAUUGUUUAGUAUUAUCGCAUAAUCCAUUAUUUGACUAAUAUUUUGAUUUUAU